UAUGAGAUUAUUCAUUUGCACCACCCUCUCCUGAAAUUUCUCCUCAAAGUUGUUGCAUUCUCGUCCAAGUCCAAGUCCAGUCCGGUACUUUGCUUUGGUUUUAUUGUUUGAUCUGUUUACGCCACUCUCCGCCUUUUUUUCCUCUCGCUUCCCUUAUCUGCAUCCGCUAUUUGUUGCGGGUGCUGCUAGUGACGAGAGAGAGAGAGAGAGAGAGAGAGAGACCGAGAAAAAUGUCGAAGGCUGGUGCAUUGGAUCUGGCAUCCGGUCUCGGCGGCAAGAUCGAGAAAACCGAAGUCCUUUCCGCUGUUGAGCAGUAUGAGCGAUAUCAUGUCUUUUAUGGAGGCGAAGAGGAAGAGAGAAAAGCCAACUACACUGACAUGGUUAACAAAUACUAUGAUCUUGUUACCAGCUUUUAUGAGUUUGGAUGGGGUGAAUCUUUCCAUUUUGCUCCCAGAUGGAAAGGGGAGUCUCUCAAAGAAAGCAUAAAGCGGCAUGAACAUUUUCUUGCUUUACAACUUGGGUUGAAGCCUGGACACAAGGUGUUGGAUGUUGGAUGUGGCAUUGGUGGACCACUUAGAGAAAUUGCUCGAUUCAGUUCCACAUUGGUCACUGGGAUAAACAACAAUGAAUAUCAAAUAACAAGAGGGAAGGAAUUAAACAGCAUUGCUGGAGUGGAAAAGACUUGCAACUUUGUGAAGGCUGACUUCAUGAAGAUGCCAUUUCCUGACAGCACCUUUGAUGCAGUUUAUGCAAUUGAAGCUACUUGCCAUGCUCCGGAUGCGUAUGGCUGCUACAAGGAGAUUUACAGAGUACUAAAGCCAGGACAGUAUUUUGCUGCAUACGAGUGGUGCAUGACAGAUUCAUUUGAUCCAAAUAACUCAGAACAUCAGAAAAUUAAGGCUGAAAUUGAGAUUGGUGAUGGUCUUCCGGAUAUCAGGUUGACUGGACAGUGCCUGGAAGCUCUAAAACAGGCUGGUUUUGAGAUAAUUUGGGAGAAAGAUCUUGCUGUUGGCUCCCCACUCCCUUGGUACUUGCCUUUGGAUACAAGCCACUUCUCAUUGAGUAGCUUCCGCCUAACAUCUGUUGGACGCUUCAUCACUAGAAAUAUGGUAAAGGGUCUAGAAUUUGUGGGAUUAGCUCCCAAGGGAAGUCAAAGAGUUCAAGAUUUUCUAGAGAAAGCUGCAGAAGGGUUGGUUGAAGGUGGCAGGAAAGAGAUAUUUACGCCUAUGUAUUUCUUUUUGGCCCGAAAGCCACUUUCGGAGAGACAGUGAUGCAUCGAUGUAGGGGGUGAAAGCUGGGUGAAUCUAUCAAAUAUGAACUUAAGCUUGGUUGUUUGGUUCCAUCGUCUGUAACAGUUUUAGAGACUUGGUGUUUAUUAGUUAGUUGAUUUCCGGUAUUUUCAUUUAUAGAAGUUACUGGAUUAUGUGAAACAUAUAAAUUUAUCCUUAUUUCAUGUUUUUAAGUUGUUGAAA